AGGUUCCCUCCCCCGGACAAAUGAUCAACAAAAAUGGAGUUGGGAACAAGUAGCAAGUUAGCCUUCUGAGACGGUUCGAUCCUGAUAUUUGUGUUAUAACCGGCGCUUUAGUGCGAUUGUAUGAUAUAUUUGAAGUAACAGGAUGUCCUAAUACUGAACUCUUGCGUUGUUUCUGAUUCAUAGCAGUCGAAGAAGCUGUCCAACGGACAAACAACCCGGUGUCUUGGCUACGACGAAGACAACAAGGCUUAGUUAGGAGCUAGCUAGCAUCAAGCUUCACUCUCAACGUGCUGUAACAAGGAGAAGAAAUGGAGAAGGGAGAAUUCCUCAAAGGACUACCAGUCUACAACAAAAACAACUUCAGCAGGUUCCAUGCAGACUCUGUUUGUAAAGCAUCAAACCGCAGACCAUCUGUGUAUCUUCCAACCAGGGAAUAUCCAUCGGAGCAGAUCAUAGUCACAGAGAAGACAAACAUCCUUCUGCGGUAUCUUCAUCAACAAUGGGACAAAAAGAAUUCAGCAAAGAAGCGAGAGCAGGAACACGCAGAGGAGGAGAACACGGCGCCGCCACGAAAAAUUGCCAGAACAGACUGUCGGGAGCUGAAUGAGGAUUCAUAAAAUUGCCGUGCUGUUGAUGCACACCCAGCAGAGACCGCCAUGUACAAAGAAAACGCACGUACAGAUGCAGGAUAUAAGUUUGCAAACCCGAUCUGGAGCAGACAAGGAGUGACUCAAUUCAGAUCGCAGCCAACGUGACAUUUAUCCCGAAAAAACCCUGGUCUUAAUGUUUGCAUUUACUUCACAUUUCCCCAUUAACCAAAAAAAAAAAAGGUUUCCCCCAGUUCGUCUACUGUUUUCAUCAGUAUUUUCUUUACUCCCACGACACCUCUGCCUCAGACUUUAGACUUUCUAGUUAAAAAAUACAGGCAUCUACCUCUUUAUUCCUCCACCUUUUUCAUAUUCCUUCGCUUCAGCUCACACAGGUUUCUUUGAAAUAUGCAAGGGGUAAAUAUCUCUGCUGCUCUGUUAGAGUUUACAGCCAUCAUUCUUCACAUCAUCCUCGAAAUAUGCAUGUUUAACGUGAAGUCUGUGUGUGUGAUCAGGUGACGUGCCAUCUUUUGUGGCUCCUCCGAGUGCAGUCUUAAACCUGAGGAUGCAAAUCGUUUUUGUACAUUGCUACAAGCAGACGCUGCAGCUAUCAGUUUAGUCUAAGUUUGUUACUUAUUUUCAAAUCAUUACAUAACACCAGUGCUUGUAAUUUAGCAAUUACAGGCUUAGCUUAAUGGAAAAGGUGAUGGCUGCAGGCAUUCGGCUGUACUGAUGGUGUGAAGGCUUAUUGAUAUGCCUUAAAGUUUGCUUUAAAGGCUUAUCAUUGAGCCAUUAAAGUGUGGACAGCAGGGCAACAGUGUGUGUUUGCUUUUGAGGUAAUAGUUAAAGUUCAUUGUAUUUUUUUGUAUUUGUUUUGUACAGUGUUUAUAUCGUGAUUGUUCUGACCCUUUAUCAGGUAACAUCGAACAACUCACUUCUUUUUUCCUCCAUAAGUCAGUUAUUUUGUACGUUCAUUUAGUCAUGCCAGUUUAUUCUUAAGCUCGGCAGGCAUGCAAAAAGAAUGGUCAAACUUUGCUUUGCAUGUCGUUUAAACAUCCCUCUUGGCACAUCUGAAAAACAGCAAUCUGCUGCAAAUUGUGUUUUUGAGACAUUCUCAGUAAUGUUUGCAUCAAAUGACGAUUCAGACUAUUAAUGUACACCUUUCCCAUCAUCACAGAGUCAUGUUCAGACUGGCUUUUUGUGCAGAAUGAGUAAAAAAACAUAGUUUACGUUUCAUGAUAACUUUAAACAACAUACAUUUGGUGUUUUGUUUCCAGCCCUUCAUAGAAGAGUGCGCUAAUUCUACUUUUGUUAUCAGGUUGGUAUUCCAUCGCCUGGUUCAGCCUGAGAUGUGUUUAUUGUUCAAUGCUUUGGUUUGAGUUCAUUGUAUAAAUGUGUUAAUGUUGAUUUCAGAAGUUGUUCUUGUAUAGAUUGCACUGUGACAUACAGUAAAGGCUGUAAUUCACUAAACAGCAACAAAGUUUCAAGUGUUAUUAUUUAAAAUAAAAAAACUUGCUGUGCGUAGUCAAAACCCCAUAAUAAAAAUAAUUCUCAAUAGUA